AUGGCAAAACCAUUAUCUCAAUUUAUACGAGUAACAUCUCAUGUACAAUUUCCAAUAACAUUUGAACCAACACAAAUUGCUCCUUAUCAACGUUCACUAUCGUUUCUAAUUAAUAAUUUUUAUCGGCAUUAUGUUAAAAUUAUAGUUGAUGUUCGUUUACCAAUUGUACAAUUAUCAGCAGAGAAACUUCUUAGACGUUCAUUACCACAUAUUUUAGCUGAAGAUUCAUUUCGAAAAGUUGUUAAUUUAUAUAAUCCAUUAAAUGUCUCGACUGAAUUUCGUUGGAUUCCAAUUAUUGGUCCAAAAGGAACAACAUUUUCAAUUCGUCUAGCAGCAGGUCUUUAA